AUUAACACUCAUCCAAAAAUAUCUAUCCAUCACCACCAACAACAACAACAAAAACUCAGAAAGAACAAUCUCUGCGUCACUUGAUAUCAAUAUCACACUGUCUCUGAUCAAUACACACAAGAACAUUACCAUGGUGAAACAAGAACCCAAGAUCCAAGCCAACACCAAGAAGGAAAUGUCUUUGUCUUCACCAUCGCAUUCUUCAUCUUCAUCUUCCUCUUCCUCUUCGUGUACGAGCAAGAACAAGAAGAAUAAGAUUAAGAAGUACAAAGGAGUGAGGAUGAGAAGUUGGGGAUCAUGGGUGUCUGAGAUUAGGGCACCAAAUCAAAAGACAAGGAUUUGGUUAGGUUCUUACUCAACAGCUGAAGCAGCAGCUAGGGCUUACGAUGUUGCACUCUUGUGUCUCAAAGGCCCUCAAGCCAAUCUCAACUUCCCUACUUCUUCUUCUUCUUAUUCCUCUUCUCAUCAUCUUCUUGACGAAAAUACCACUUUGUCCCCCAAAUCCAUCCAAAGAGUCGCCGCUCAAGCUGCAAACAACUCAUUUGACCUUUUUGCCCCUUCUUCCUCCACUUGUUCUUCAUCAGCCGCCUCGUCACCGUCCAAUCAUGACCAGCAUCAUCAUGAUGAUAACGAUGAUGAUGGGAUGCAAUCUUUGAUAGGGUCUUUCGUGGAUAACCCUGUUUCAUUGAUGGAUCCAUCAUCAUCAUGGUAUGCUGAUGAUCAUGAUGGGAUGUUCUUUUUCGAUGAGGGAGCUCCGUUUGAUUACUCUCCUCAGUUAAACUCGGCGACGAAUAUGGUCGAUGAGUACUUCUACGAAGAUGCUGAUAUUCCGCUUUGGAGUUUUUGAUCCGACGGUCCAGAAUACAUACUUUAGUUUAUGUUUUUUUCUCAUUUUUUAAAUUCUUUUACUAUGUUAAUUAAUUAAUUUACCCUUGUCGUAAUUCAACCUUUUCAAGUUGUUUGUUGCUUGGAGAGAAUUGAAGACGGAUAUGAUAACCGACUGUAAAAUAUAAUUGAAAAGGUUUUAUAUUAGUAUCAAUAUACGUUUGGGAUUUAAUAGCUAAUAAGAUCACAUG